AUGUCCCAACCGUACCAAGGUUUCCUAGACGCGAUGAACCUGAAUGUGACAUCGCUCUGCAUGAUAGAGCAGGAGACUCCUCAGAUCCGGGCUCUUCCCAUAGGAGUGAGGAAACGCCUUCAGAUGGUCAGGGGGGACCUUGACAGGGAGGCCCGUCACAGGCCCUCCACAGACAACAUGCAGAUUCCUGUGAAAGUUCGGGAAUACCUGGACGCCCUGCCCCUUGGCGUACGGGUUCAUCUUCACUCGCUGUCAGGUUCUGUGGAGGAGUUGUGCCGGGAAAGCAAGAGCUCCGAAGUUGCUAAGGCUCCUGUUGUUGUCAAAGAUGAGAACCAGGAGAAGGAGAUCGAGAAACUUAAGAAGAAGCUGAAGGAGAAAGCAGCUGAGAACGCUUCCUUGAUCUCAAAGUUGGACGACAAAGACAAGAAGCUGGCGCAAUCGAUCAAGGACAACGAGGCGAAGAGUCAGGAGAUCAAGGAUCUUCAUCACGUUGUGGAGAACGUCUCCCGCAACUUCCAGACUCUGAAGGACACCCUCGUCCAGAAAGAGUCCGAGCUAAGGGCUUGUCACGAUGAGAUCAAGGCAAAGAAAGACAUCAUCCACAAGCUUGAAUCGAAGAUUCGGCACCAUGAGAAGACCAUCGCGAAGCUUCAGAACCUUGAGAACUUCCAUGUUGAGCGAAGAAUACCGCUCUACAAGAAGGCCGCGGCGUUCAAGAGGCUUGUCGCCGGGCUGCACGAAGAGCAGAGGGAACGCGUGAGGGAGGAGCGUGCUGGUGCGAUGAGCUGCAGGAAGGAGAAACUGCGGUCUCUUGUGCGAUGGAAGCAGUGCUUCAUGGACAGCAGGGCGGAGGAGCUGGAUGAGGUUUCUUCACGCUACAAGGAGAUCCGAGCGAAGAUGUCGAGGAUCGCUAACGAGCUAGUGCCCCUUGGAGCUUUCAUCUCCUCCUCCUCCUCCUCCUCCCCUUCGAUUCGCAGGUCUUUCGAGCGCUCGAUGAUCAGCCUGCGUGAGGGAUUCAUGGACGUGAGCAAGUACCCUCCACGCACAGCGGGCGAGGAGGAAGAGAAGGCAUCUCCUCCUUCCUACCGGCGUCCUGGACGCUCUCAGCAAGCUGACUACCUGCUCAACGACUCAGAGAAUCAGCUUGCCAACUGCAUGACGCCUACAGGAAAGCUAGGUUCCCCCCUGCCCUCUCCUGGGGAUCUCCACCACACGCCCAUCGCCACAGACCGAACGCGGGAGAUCGUUCAGAGUCCGCAGUCGAAGGAGAAGACGUCAGUACAGAGGAAUGUGCCCAAGGACCUGAUCCGCUGGCUGCAGCGAGGAAACUUGUCGUCUACUCAAUGACAGCAGGGACUUGGGCUGUUGGGUUGUUGGUUGAUGAAGUAAAUAUGACACGAACGUG